AUGAAAGUCAUAUUUAUUAUUAUUGUUGCAUUUAUUGGUACAUUACAUGUUGAAUCAACAUCUUCAUCAAUUGAAAAACGAGAUAUCAUUAGAAUACCUUUAUGUGUAUCUAUAGCUAUUUGUCGAAUAAAAUGUAAACGAUAUUUAAUUCGAAAUAAUUGUCCAAUAUGUGAAUGUAAUCCAUGUUUAUAUGGUCAACCACUUAGUAAUAUAUCUUGUGGUCAUGGUGAACGAAAAUGUUUAGCAGCUGGUGGUAUAUGUAAAACUCAUUCAUGGUAUGAUAAACCUUAUUGUUGUCCAAAUGAACAUGAUGGAUGUUGUCCAGCAAUUCCUGUUGAUAAAAUUCCUCCUCGAGAUCCAAAUAUUUUAUUUCCAUGUUUUCGAAGAUGUUCUUCAGAUGGUGAUUGUCAACCAGGUUACAAAUGUUGUGGAACAUGUCCACCAAGAUGUCUCCAAGCUUUUAUUCCUUAA